AGCUCAAGUGCUCAAGUGUUGCAUGCUCUCAGAGAGAAAAACAGAGAGAAGGAACAAGAGAAAGAAAAAGAAGAAAGAAGAAAUAAAGAGAACGCUGAAAGGGGACAAGGGACAGCGCAGCCAGUGAGCAAGGUCUUACGCACAUGACGUGAGAGGCAAGAAAAACAAGAAAAAAAUAUUCACUCAAAGAAAUAAUUAUUGGGACAUCAAAAGGAUUAUAUUUGGAGUUUCUUAUGGGUUCCAGGGAAAAAAAUGCUUUUGAUUGACGAAUUGUGAAGAAAUCUCCUUUAGAUCAUGGAGAGAGAGAACAUAUCGAGUGUGAACAGUACCUCUGCACUCACUAAUGCAUCCCUGGGGCUUAGCACUUCCUUUGCGAUCCCUCAGGAUGGUUCAGGGUACAGUGACGCAGAGAUGGUGCUCCUGGGCUUCCUGAUGGGACUUCUGGUCCUAGGUAUUGUCUUUGGAAAUGUGCUGGUCAUCACUGCCAUUGCACGCUUCCAGCGCUUGCAGACCGUCACCAACUGCUUCAUCAGCUCUCUGGCCUGUGCUGACCUGGUCAUGGGGCUCCUUGUGGUCCCUUUUGGUGCCAGCUACAUCCUGCUGAACACAUGGCACUUCGGCAACUUCUUCUGUGAGUUCUGGACGGCCACGGACGUGUUGUGUGUGACGGCCAGCAUUGAGACGCUGUGUGUGAUAGCACUGGACCGCUACUUAGCUAUCACGUGGCCCCUGCGCUACCAGUCAAUGCUCACCAAGUGCAAAGCAUGCUGGGUGGUGCUGGCCGUGUGGGCCGUGGCUGCCCUUAUCUCCUUCCUGCCCAUCCAUAUGGAGUGGUGGGUAUCAGAUGAGCCAGAGGCACAGAGUUGCCUUGCCAAUGAAAGCUGUUGCGACUUCAACACCAAUGCACCGUAUGCAGUGACCUCCUCCAUCAUCUCCUUCUACAUCCCCCUAGUGAUAAUGGUGUUUGUCUAUGCCCGUGUCUACCAGGAGGCACAGCGGCAGCUGCAGAAGAUCGACCGUGUUGUGGGCCGUCUACGUACACAGAGCUUCAGCCACCAAGAUGGCAAUGAGGUGAGGAACUGGAAGAACAGGUUUUGCCUGAAGGACCACAAGGCCCUGAAGACCCUGGGCAUCAUCAUGGGCACCUUUACGCUCUGCUGGCUGCCCUUCUUCGUGCUCAAUGUGGCAGCAGCCAUCUGGAAAAUGGAUGACAUCAAGUUGCCUUUCAGGGUUUUGAACUGGAUUGGCUACGCCAACUCGGCCUUCAAUCCUCUGAUCUACUGCAGGAGUCCCGAGUUCAGGUGUGCCUUCCAAGAGAUCCUCUGUUUGAGACGCUCAUGGUUCCCUUCUACAAGGAACAAUAAGGGAUAUAUUUAUGGUGGACACAGUUGGCAAAUAAAUAUGCGGACCACCGGACCAAUGCAGCCGCCUCAUGCCGACUGCGGAACAGUGGAACUGGGCGCUUGCUCUUUGGCUGCCAGCACCUCCAAUACAAAUGGGAAUUGUAAUAAUACUCUGACAUCCAUCACUUAGCCAUUUCUGAACACAUAAAUUGGAUUUUCUCUAAUUCUUUACUUCCAUUUCCCUUCCAAUACAUUUAAAUGGCUUCAGAAACAUCUGGUAAGUGAACAACUAGCAACACAAGGUAGUUAGUUCAUGAUAGCCUGUGCUCAGACACUUCUUGUACUUAUAAAGGAUAUUACAAAGACACUGAAACACUGUAGUGCUUAGUUAGUUACCAGCACUUCUGAGUGAGGAAUUGGAUUUGUCUACAUUACAGUAAAGUUCAGAUACAAGGUAGAGCAAAACUUGAAAUUCAGAAUGUGGUUAUAAAAUGGAGGUGUCUGGAUACCUCUACUUCUGGCUACCUCAUGACACUAUGAUACGUCUUCACUAUAAUAUUUUUCUUCAAUUAUUAAUUGCAUUACAGUUCCAAAAACAAAAAACAAAAAACAGUGUAUACACUGUACACACUGCAUAAGAAUGCAGAUCUAGGUAAUUUAUUUUGCAAUGAACAUAUUACUAUGUAAGUGCAUAAACUGUGUUGUUAUGUUAACUGUAUUGUCUUCAUAUUAACAAGGGAAACUGAUCUGCACUCUUACUUUGAGAUGUUUGAUGCAGAGGGGGCCCAGAACGUA